GCAAUACUCUGACCGAGGAUGGCUGCGCAACUGUGUGUCUAUGCUCAAGGGGAUUGUAACCAAGACUAAAGAGAAGCACGAUGCGGACAAGGCCAGGGAGCAGGCUGCUAGGGAAGAAGAACAGCAUAAGAUGAAGGAAAAAGAAGACGAAGAACUCAGGUUACGUGAGAAAUUGGACAGAGAAGAGUGGCAGUCGAAGAUGAGGGAGGAUUUGCUUUCCCGAUGGGAGAUGGUGUGUGAGAAAAUUGACAAGAAAGACAAGGAGUGCAAUGAGGUGGCGAAGCUACGUGAAGAAAUCGCCAAGCUGACGCAGCGGAAUAGUUCGGGUGAGACAUCUAUGUCUGUGAUGAAGCCAUCAGUCGACUUUGAGUUUGUGGAACGACUGAAAAGAGAGCAAGAGGAGCUGCGUGCGGUCGCUGAUAAGAGGUUUACCAUGCUUGAAGAGAAGAUCUCCGGUCUUGUGAAGGAGAAGAGUGAAGCUGAAGCGAGUGUGGAGCUUUGGAAAGCAGAAGCCCUGCGCCCAGGGAACAAACGAGGAAGCAUCGCGGUAGAAACUCCCGGCACAGAGGCCAGGGUCCGGCAGCGGGGGACACCAUGCAGGCCACCCACGGAUCCUCGGCUUAACCCAGUGCUCAAGGGAAUGGUGGAUCGGCAUAAUCUUGAACUCAAUGCACUGAAGGAAUUGCGGCUGAAGGAUGCGCAUGACAGAAUCGAGGCUGAGAAGGAAGUGGAGAGAUUGAAGGAGGCUAUAGCUAGACUUGAGAUGGUGAGGGAGAAGGGAACUAACCUGAAGAGCAAAUUGGACGAGGCAGCGGGUCCUUCUGCUAGGAAGGCUGGUGGCACCUCUGCGAAGAAGAUGUGUGCUGUUUCACCAGCUGAACAGGUGGCCGAGCGGGAGGCCUUCGCACGGAUGCAAUGAAGGCAGUUGAAGAAACUGAACAAAGAGCAAGUGUCGGC